GGAGAAGCGGAGGUAGAGCUAGGUUUGUGUAUUUAAAUUCGACUUUAAAGUGAUAUGUUUACGUUUUAUUUAAGCCGAGUAUUAAGAUAAACUAAGCGAGUCACAUGUGGAGAAAAUGGAUAUAACAACGGCGGUGUUUAACGCGGCGAGAGACGGUAAACUGAAACUUAUCCAGAAGUUGCUGAGCAACAAAAGUCCUGAGGAGCUGGAAGCUCUGGCUGAGGAGAAGACUCAGGGUGGCACUCCGCUCCUGGUCGCCUCCAGAUAUGGACAUUUAGAGGUGGUGGAUUACCUGCUGGAACAUUGUAAAGUUAAUGUAGAACUAGGAGGUUCUGUGAAUUUUGAUGGAGAAACUAUUGAAGGAGCUCCUCCACUUUGGGCAGCUUCUGCUGCUGGACAUUUACCUGUUGUGAAGACUCUUCUGAAACAUGGAGCCUCAGUAAACAACACAACCCUGACAAACUCUACCCCCCUGAGAGCUGCCUGCUUUGAUGGGCACCUUGAAAUAGUCCGUUACUUGGUUGAACACAGUGCAGACAUGGAGGUUGCAAACCGUCAUGGUCAUACUUGCCUGAUGAUCUCUUGUUAUAAAGGUCAUCAAGAGAUCGCAAAGUUCCUCCUGGAACGGGGCGCCGACGUGAACCGCAAGAGCGUCAAGGGCAACACGGCGUUGCACGACUGCGCCGAGUCGGGGAGUCUUGAAAUCAUGAAGAUGUUGCUCAAGUGCAAGGCCCGUAUGGAAAGAGACGGGUACGGCAUGACCCCACUCAUGGCAGCUAGUGUCACCGGACACACCAACAUCGUCGAGUACCUUGUGCACCAGCCUAAAGCCAAGAGAGAAGAAUGCAUUGAUGCUCUGGAGCUUCUAGGUGCCACGUAUGUCGACAAGAAGCGCGAUCUCCUAGGUGCCAUGUGCUACUGGCGACGCGCAAUGACUCUCCGACAGCCCGGAGACAGAGCGGACCUCCUGACGAAGCCCCCUCCCGGGCCGCCCGUUCCUGCUUACGACUGUGCCCGCGAGGUGACCACGGCGGAGGAGCUAGAAGCCCUCAUUACUGACCCAGACGAGAUGCGGAUGCAGGCGCUUCUGGUUCGGGAACGCAUCCUUGGCCCCUCGCAUCCAGACACUUCUUACUACAUUCGCUACCGAGGUGCGGUGUACGCCGACUCGGGCGACUUCGAGCGCUGCAUCAGUCUGUGGAAGUACGCCCUUGAUAUGCAGCAGAGCAACCUAGAUCCGCUGAGCCCCAUGACAGCGAGCAGCUUCUUGUCCUUCGCCGAGCUCUUCAGUUUCGUCCUGCAGGACCGCGCUAAAGGUGCGCCCGCCGUCCGGGUAGCCUUCAACGACCUGAUGUGCGUCCUGACCAAAAGUGUCCGCGAGGUCGAGCGAGCCGUGGUUCAGAAGGACAACCAACCGGACGCAGCUCAGUUUACCAAGGCACUGUCCGUCAUCCUGCAUCUUGUCUUCUUGCUGGAGAAGCUGGAAUGCAGCCCGUCUCAGGAGCACCAGAAGAAGCAGACCGUCUACCGCCUCCUCAAGCUCAACCCGAGGGGCCGGAACAGUUUUACCCCCCUUCACAUGGCUGUCGAUAAGGACACGACGGCGGUCGGACGCUAUCCAGUGGGCCGCUUUCCGUCUCCCGCUGUAGCCGCGCUGCUUCUGGAAUGCGGCGCGGAUGUGGACUCGCGCGAUUCGGACAACAACACGCCACUUCACGUAGCGGCCCGAAACGGCUGCCCCAAGCUCAUGGCUCUCCUGCUGCAUGCCGGCGCUCACUUCGAUGCCACCAGUGCGCAUGGGAAGACGCCUUACGACCUGUUGGAGGAUACGGAUGGAGCGAGACACGUGUUGCAUCCGCUCAGCCAUGUGACGCUGCAGUGCCUGGCUGCACGUGCGAUCGAGAGACACCGUGUGUCCUACAAAGGGCUCGUCUCGGAAGAGAUGGAGGCCUUUAUCGAACUGCACUGAUCUUAAUGCAUCUCAGACUGCGUUUUUAAUCGUUUUCUUUCUUUAAGUCAUUAUUUAUAAGGUCUCACCAGUUGCUCUUGCUUUGGCUGCCCACAAAUACAGUCUUUUUUUUUGGUUCUGCAUUUUUACCUCCCAGGUUUCAACCCCAGACCUUCUCACUCGUCACUGUGGGCUAUGUCUAAAUUACAGCAAUAAUCAAUAAUCAGAGCUUUUCCUUCUGUGUCUCGUAAGGGCUUGGAAAGAAAAGACCCGAGGACACUUUCACGUGCUAUGAUACAUUACGAUCUCCUUUUUCUUCCCCCAACGGAACAAUUUAUGCCUGUUUAUGAAUUUUAAGUGAUAAAAUGUUGGCUUUUUCAGAGGCGAGGUUAAAGACUGCAUUAAUUAUUAAUAAUAUGCCUUGAUUAUUGAUUAUUUUGUGGUUUGAAACGUGAAUUCUUGCACGACUUAUUUCACCCAACCUUAUUACAGUAUGACAGGAUUACGUCUAUACUGAUCCGUCUCGUGCCAAAUAGCAGCCUUAUUUUCUUUAUACUUGAUGCAUUUAACGGAUUUGACAAAACUUGCAGUCCCAAUGGGGAUAGUCGUGAAUAAAAGCCCAUGUUGCGUAAUGCUGCCAGCCAGCAUUGGCAUUUAUUAACUCUCGACUCUCAGCGCCGGGAUAGUCCGCUUCAAUUGUAGCUAAGUGGAUAAAGGGCACAUCUGGAACAUCUGCGGUACAUCUUUGCACUUUGCAUUUACCACACAUGAACACACAGGAGAGAAAAUCUCCCUCUUUGAGUCUUGAAUCGACUCUAAUCUUUAGGACUUGGCACUUUACCCAAAAGCAUCAGUAUCUAUGCAGUUUUAUCUUUAUUAAGUGGUGAAUUUGGGGAUAGAUCUGGCAACCCAAAAGGGUGGGCAGAUACAUAAUCCUCUUAUUUCUUAUGUCUUACUUCAUUCUGCUGUCAUGUUUUAUCCGUCAGCUUUACUUUACCGCCGGGUUAGUCGCACUUUGAAACAUGCUAACACUAUUCAGCCUGUAAAGCCGAGCUCUCGUCUCAGAGAUCGUCUAGUUUGAUUAAUUUAAACGUUUAUUUCAGGACGAAAAUGGGUUUCGAGAUGCCUGAAUAAAAUUCAAGUGUCCCA